UCGCAAUGAUGGUAUCCACCACCGACUUGCCUAGUCCGCCUGAAGUUCUGUUGCAAGGUGUAUGGGAUGAAGUACGAGCCGUUGACCAGUGGGGAGAUAUGCACGUUGUGUCGCAUAUCAUCUUUCCAUCGAUCUGGGCAAGUGUAGCCUUCGUUCUGGUAUGUCUUUAUUUCACCUUUUUCUAUGAUAUACCUCGCAUGAUGAGGACGAAGAUUCAACCGUCCAAGUGGCCUACGACGAGGGAUAUCAUUAUUGCUUCGAUUCCCCAGACAACUAUUUACGUCGUGAUGAAUGGUUUCUUAUUUUACUAUCUUGACACACAUGUACAUCUGGUGAAAGAGGCUCCCAGUCUGUUGCAGUUCACAAAGGAGCUUAUGGCUUGCCUUGUUGUCGGCGAUUUCUGCAUUUAUUGGUAUCAUAGGUGGAUGCACGCAGUACCUUUCUUACUACGUAAUGUCCACGGUGUUCAUCAUGGCUAUCGCGCUGUGUACAGCUGGGCAGGAGGCAUCCUACACCCUAUGGAAGAUAUCUGCGUGGUGGCAUGUAACAUAUGGUAUCCUUGGUUGUUCCAAUGUCAUUGGCUAACAGUGAAUGCCUUUACAUUUAUAUGGACGCUAAACUUGAUCGAAGAGCACAGUGGUCAUGAUGUGUGGUGGGCACCCUACAACCUACUUCCGUUUAAUCUCGGAGGUGGAGCUGCGGUACAUGACCUUCAUCAUUCAACUAACACACGUAAGAAUUUCUCGUUCAUAUUCAAUGGGUGGGAUAUUCUGUUCAACACAGCGAUACCAAGUGAGCAUUCUCCAUGUGGAAAGUAUGUUCAUGUAACCUUACUAUUCGUGGUCAUGCUUAGCAGCGCCAUCGCCUAUGAAGAGAGAUGUCUACCCUGGGCAUGGGCUCGAGGCAUCUGUCUUGUGACGAGCUCUCUAAUCUUGAUGUCUGUAGCCCUUCCGACUCCGUACCUGCAUCGCAAGCAUCAGGAUUGAU